AUGCGAUCUCGCACAGGCUGCUUGACGUGCCGCACUCGAAAACUUAAAUGUGACGAGCAAAAGCCCGAAUGUUCGCAAUGUCGCAAGGGUGGAAGGGAAUGUCGGCCUAGUGAAGGCAUCGUCUUUCGUCAUCAGCAAAAUGCCUCGAUGAACAAGGACCUCGACGACAGUUCAGCGGGCCGUGGGAAUCUCAAAGGGUUUUACUCGUACAAGAACACGUUCGACAAAGACAGUGUUUGGCUCGAUAUUCCUAAACAUGUUAUUUUUGUCGACAACUCCGAUCCAUAUGCCGAUGAGCUCGAAGCUGCCCUAGGCGAAUCCGAAGCAGCCAUACUCGCGGCAAACUCACAGAGUCAAAAUUUAAAUGCUCCACGCAUCUCGUCUGCAGAGGAGGAGGCCCGUGGUCUAGGGGCUUUGUCGACAGCGGCAGUUCAUGAUCGUCUUUCCUACCCUUCUUUGAGUGUUGAACGACAACAGGCUUUGGCGACAACAGACACUGGAUUUAACACUGUUCCCACAACCUCGAUUGCAUCAAGACCUUCGCCGAACUUGCCCCGCGGUGCAAUACCAUCGCUCACCUCUCCUCCUCUCUCGAUAAACUCCAGCAAUAAUAAUACCAAUAAUAAUAUCAACUUUCUUCUUAAUCCUUCCCAGUCGCUCUCUCCGCCAGUCGACCCUACGAUCCAGCAGGAAUCGGAGCGCAGGAGUUCCUCAUUAACGACUAGGUCUUCUGUUGCAAGAGGCGCCAAAACGGUCGAUCAACGGCCAGAUACACCGGUGGAAACGGAGCAUGAAAUCGCCUUCCUACUAAGAAAUUUUUCUGAAGCCCCAGGGCUCUGGAUGGAUCUAUUCGACUUGGGAACUUAUUUCGCAUCACACAUCCCUGUAAGGGCCUUGACGAACCCGUUGUUGAAGUAUGCCGCAUGUGCGUACUCCGCGAAGCAGUUGGGCCGCGCAAAGAAUGGCAACCCCCCUGCCGGAGGGGUUUCCUUGACUCAAGCGUUAAUGGACACAAAAGCAGUAGACUGGUGCUGGUAUGGCGCCAAAUAUUAUGAAAAGGCCAUCCAACUUUUGAUGAAGGAGCUGCAGCCCGACAAAGGACCUCCACCAUUAAGCACCCCUGAGGCGUUUGGUCAGUGGCAGGCCGCUGAACUUAGCGAAAAUGGAAACAACCCCCACAAACGUAGAAGGCGUUACUCGGAGAGCCGGCGGUCCAGUGGCGUCCAUUCUGACGAAACAUUGGCUGCCACGGCCAUCCUGUCUGUGUAUGAGCUCCUCGACGCUACCGGUCCCGCAUGGAGUCGACACUUGAGCGGCGUGAAGUCACUAUUGGAUGUUGCCGAGGUUGGAAUGAUGCCACUUGAACAGCGCUCUUCGCCUGGAGAAGCUGCAUAUCAACCUUCAAAAAGGACAGGACUUUCACGGGCGCGAAAAGCGACGUUUUGGAACUUUGCCCGGCAAGAUUAUCUGGCUGCCUUCAUCAAUGAGUGUCAGACAAGGUUGAAUACCGAGGACUUGGUGUUGUGGACAGAGGCGGGACUCCAGAUUGACGCUAUGGGCUUCGUCUGUCCAAGUAAUACGAAUGCCGCGGGGUACCCCGAAGGGGAUGAAUCCAUUAAGGAAGAUGUUAUUGGAAACGGUCUCAUCUGGAUCCUCUCGAAGAUUGUCAAUUUCAUCAGCGCCGGUGACCACCUGCCCUUAGAAAACGGCUCAGUUGACUCGGGUCCUCUGGGAAUUUCACAGCAGGCCUUACUCGAGCGGUGGUACCGCCUCGAAGCCGAACUUGAUUCCUGGUAUAAUGGGCUUCCGGACACCUUUCGGCCUUGUGCGCGCCUCCAACCGAAGGACAGCGAGGGUAGUGGUGAUACCUCUGGUUUGUCAGAGCUAUGGUACACCAUCCCCUUGUGCUCGUCAGCUAUGCAACACUAUCACAUGGCCCGGAUUCUCCUUCUCAUCAACAAGCCACAUGAAUCGACUAGUAGACGGAGCACAAUCACGAAUAGGCUCAACUCAUAUCGCUCGAUUGAGAAUGAAAUCCGAUUCCAUAGUCGCGAAAUAGUAGGCAUCUCAAUGGGCCGACCGAGUGGUGCUGUUCGUAUCAACUCGCUUCAGCCGUUGUUUGUCAGCGGUCAAUGUCUCACCGAGCCUGGCGAACGGCGGAUGGUGUUGCAGCUGUUGCAGGGGAUAGAGACCGAGCUUGGCUGGGCAACUGGAUAUCGCGUAAACCAGUUGCUCCGAGAAUGGGGCUGGAAUAUUGGUUCCGGUGAGGUGACAGUUCCUUGA